UUUAUGGACUUGGUCUUUGGGAUGCCAAAGGUGUUGAAAUAACAGCAGCUAAGAUCUGCUGUGCUGGGCCAGGGAGGUUUCUGCAAUGACAAUAGGAAGCAUGGAGAAAGUUGAAGUGUUCACUUCAGAAGGCAAAGGCCGGGGCCUUAAGACCACCAAAGAGCUCUGGGCCGCUGAUGUUGUCUUUGCCGAGCGGGCUUAUUCUGCGGUAGUCUUUGACAGCUUCACGCAGGUCGUGUGCCACACCUGCUUCAAAAGGCAGGAGAAGCUCCAGCGAUGUGGGCAGUGCAAGUUUGCCCAUUAUUGUGACAGGACCUGCCAAAAGGAUGCCUGGCUGAACCACAAGAAUGAGUGCACUGCCAUCAAGAAGCAUGGGAAGCCACCCAGUGAAAACAUCAGGCUGGCGGCCAGAAUCAUGUGGCGCGUAGAGAGAGAGGGCACUGGACUCACGGAAGGUUGCUUGGUCUCCGUGGAUGACCUGCAGAAUCAUGUGGACAACUUUGGGGAAGAGGAGCAGAAAGACCUUCGAAUGGAUGUGGACAGCUUUUUGAACUUCUGGCCCCCCCAGAGCCAGCAAUUCAGCAUGCAGUAUAUCUCACAUAUAUUCGGAGUGAUCAACUGCAAUGCUUUCACUCUCAGUGACCAGAGGGGCCUUCAGGCCGUGGGGGUGGGCAUCUUCCCCAACCUCUGCCUGGUGAACCAUGACUGCUGGCCCAACUGUACCGUCAUAUUCAACAACGGCAGUCAUGAGGCUGUGAAAUCUAUGUUUCACACACAGAUGAGGAUUGAGCUUCGGGCCCUGGGGAAGAUCUCAGAAGGGGAGGAGCUGACCGUGUCCUAUGUAGACUUUCUCAACAUCAGCCAAGAACGGAAGAAGCAGCUGAAGAAACAAUAUUACUUCGAUUGCACAUGUGAGCACUGUGUGAAGGGGAUAAAAGAUGACCUCUUCCUGGCAGUGAAAGAGGACCCUAAGCCUUCUCAGGAUGUGGUGAAGGAGGUGACCCAGUUCUCCAAGGACACUUUAGAGAAGAUUGACAAGGCUCGCUCAGAAGGGCUGUACCAUGAAGUGGUGAAGUUAUGUCGAGAGUGUUUGCAAAAGCAGGAGUCCGUGCUGGCCGACACCAACAUCCAUGUGCUACGCAUCCUGAGCAUCGCCUCCGAAGUGCUCUCCUACCUGCAGAGUUUCCAGGAGGCUUCGGACUACGCCAAGAGGAUGGUCGAUGGUUAUAUGAAGCUCUACCACCCUAACAAUGCCCAGCUGGGCAUGGCUGUCAUGCGGGCAGGACUGACUCACUGGCACGCUGGGCUCAUCGAAACUGGGCAUGGAAUGAUAUGCAAAGCCUAUGCCAUACUCCUGGUGACUCAUGGACCCACUCACCCAAUCACUAAGGACCUAGAAGCCAUGCGCGUCCAGUCAGAGAUGGAGCUGCGCAUGUUCCGACAGAAUGAGUUCAUGUACUACAAGAUGCGAGAGGCCACCCUGAGCAACCAGAAGAUGCAGGUCAUGGCAGAGCCAAGCUCAGACACAGGCAUGCCCACCUUUCUUAAGAAGCCAUGAGAACUUGCUCAAAGGGGACAUUUGGUGCUGAAGGGAUAGGGAAAAGGAGCAGCUGCAUCCUUCCAAAGGCAGGGUGGGAGGGGGGUGGGGUGGGGAGAAAGGAAUAUGGUGGGCUGGGUGGCUGUGGGAACGAAGGUUCCACAAGUCUUCUAGCAAGCAUGCUGUGACACCUAUUGUUUGUUAGUACAAUGUGUGAUUCUGAAGAAUGUUGGCUUGUCCGUAUUUGUGGACAUGUUCCAAUGGAAUUGUGAAGAAUGUGGGUGUGGUUGGACCUGUGACAUUUUAUGCUCUGAGAACUGGAACCUUAUAGAAAAUGGUGGCUGUACUGAAAUAGGUUUGUGGAAGUCUCUUAAGAGCAGGGACUGAUUUA